GCACUAGAAAGCUUCACCACGAAACGACGCCGUCCCAUACAUCAUCAUCACCUUGAAAAUUCGGGGAGAACCCCAAUUAAGCUCAACCUAAUUCAUAAAUUGUCAGUAGCCAGUGUGCAAAAUUGGAGUGAUCUAAAAUUCUUGGAUUUCAGCUGAAAAUACGAAGUAGUAGAACAGAGAAAAUGGCAUCAAUUUGGCGGCACAUCUCCAGAAAUUUCAUUUCUUCAUCAAUAUCUCCACUUCCACCAUUUUUACCUCCCUCUUCUAGAUUCUUAUCCACUUCUUCUCCAUACUUAGUGAAGGUUGGCAUUCCAGAAUUCUUGAAUGGGAUAGGGAAAGGAGUGGAGGCUCAUGUGGAGAAGCUAGAGUCUGAGUUUGGGGACCUCCAAAAGUUGCUCGUUGCUAGGACGUUGAAACUCAAGAAACUUGAAAUUCCUUGUAAACAUAGAAAGCUGAUACUGAAGUAUUCCCACAAAUACAGAGUUGGACUUUGGAGGCCACGAUCUGACAUGGUGAAAGUUUAGUUCUUCUCGAAUUACGUGUUAUCAAAAGUGAUCUUGAAAUCCUAGAUUACGUACCGGGCCUUAUAAAUCAAUAUUGUACCAGGACGUCCGUGGAACUUUUGGGUUGCUAGUAAUCUUGACUUCACUCUGUUCCAUCAAUGGACCGAGGUUUUGCUUUCAUUAGGAAAUUUUGGUGACGCUUGGAUAUUAGUUCGUGAAGUAACAUUGUACCAUCUAUUUUGUUCUUCAAGUCUUAUCAUUCCCUUAUAAUUAUGAAAUCUACUGUCCACUGGAAAGAGUAUAUCUAGAUUUUA